AUGGAUAGUAGAGACUGGUUAAAAAGAAAGAAAGAAAAAAGAAUGAAAAAAGAAAGAAUGAAAAGACUGUUAAAAAAUCUGUAUAUCUAUCUAUCUAUCUAUCUAUCUAUCUAUCUAUCUAUCUAUCUAUCUAUCUAUGGGUUCCCAGAAUGCGUAUCAAUUUAUCUAUCGUUGUGUCUCAGUAUGUAUGUAUAUCUAUCUAUCUAUCUAUCUAUCUAUCUAUCUAUCUAUCUAUCUAUCUAUCUAUCUAUCUAUCUAUCUAUCUAUCUAUCUCAGUAUGCUCAUUAUCUAUCUAUCUAUCUAUCUAUCUAUCUAUCUAUCUAUCUAUCUAUCUAUCUAUCUCAUUCUGGACACCAUUGUAUGCUUAGCAGCUUCUCUACUUCUGCGCCAGGGGGCGCUAUCAUCGCGUUCACAUCUUCCCCUCGUCGCCGCCGGAUACAGCACACACUUGAAUUCUUAAAAUUCAUGGUGGCUUCAGCUUAA